GUACCGCUGCCCGCAUUCCCCCAUGCUGACAUAAACUCGACGGUCCUUCUUUCUUACCUGUCACAAGGGUUUGUUUGUCAUACUGUCAUUGUCAUUUUCUUAAGGUGUGUGUGGCAUUACUUUCAGAGCAGCGGGUUGCUGUACAAGUGAUCCACCGUGGCAGGGAAAAUGAUGCUUCAGAAUAUUCAGAUUCGAGAUGGGGAGUACACCAAGACCAUAUAUUCUAUGAUAAAGGAACAAAGAUACAGUGAAGCAGUGCAAAUUUUGAACCACAUCAUUGAGUCCUAUCCAAGUUCUCGAGCUGCUCUGUCUCUCCUUGCCUACUGUUACUUCUACAUGCAAGACUUUGUCAAUGCUGCCAACUGCUAUGAACACCUCAUGCUCCUCUUCCCUGACAUUGAGGAGUACCGCAUGUACUAUGCUCAAUCACUGUAUCAGGCUUGCUUAUAUGAGGAGGCUAUGAAGGUGACACAUCAGAUAGAGGCACCAGAGUAUGCAGGGAGCAUCACCAAAUUGCAGGCUGCAAUCAAAUAUGGAGAAGAAGACCUUCCUGGAGCUAAGAGCUUAGUUGAUCAGUGUCCAACAGAUGACCCAGAUACAGAAAUAAAUCAUGGAUGUCUGUUGUACAAGGAAGGCAGAUAUGAGGAAGCCUGCCAGAAAUUCACAAGUGCCCUGCAAGUGGCAGGAUACCAGCCUCAUUUAUCGUAUAAUAUUGCUCUGUGCCACUAUCGCCUUAAACAAUAUGCUCCAGCCCUCAAGCACAUUGCUGACAUAAUCGAGCGAGGCAUCAGAGAACACCCCGAAUUGAGUGUAGGCAUGACAACAGAGGGCAUUGAGGUGCGCAGUGUGGGAAACACUCUAACCCUACAUGAGACAGCCCUUAUUGAAGCCUUCAACCUAAAAGCUGCCAUUGAGUACCAGCUUAAGAACUAUGAAGCUGCCCGAGAAGCCCUGACUGACAUGCCUCCCCGAUCAGAAGAAGAGCUUGAUGCAGUGACAUUACAUAACCAGGCCCUAAUGAAUAUGGAAACUAAGCCAACAGAAGGAUUUGAGAAGAUGCAGUUUCUGUUGGGACAGAAUCCAUUUCCUCCUGAGACAUUUGGCAACCUUCUGCUCCUUUAUUGCAAAUAUGAAUAUUACCACCUAGCAGCUGAUGUCCUUGCUGAAAAUGCUCAUCUUACAUACAAAUAUCUAACUCCUCAUCUCUUUGACUUCCUGGAUGCCUUAAUCACUCAGCAAACUGCUGCCUCUGAAGCUUAUCGUAAAUUUGAUGAAUUAGGAUCACGACACAUUGAGUUGCUGCGGAAAUUAACAAAGGUGGUACAGGAAGCUCGGCAAAACCAUGACGAUGACCAGGUCAAGACAGCUGUCAAUGAGUAUGAAGAGAUCUUGGAAAGGUACAUUCCAGUCCUCAUGGCUCAAGCCAAGAUUUACUGGGACUUAGAAAAUUAUUCGCAAGUGGAAAAGAUCUUCAGGAAGUCAGUAGAAUUUUGUAAUGAAUCUGACAUAUGGAAGCUAAAUGUUGCACAUGUUUUAUUUAUGCAAGAAAACAAGUUCAAAGAAGCCACAGGAUUUUAUGAACCUAUUGUGAAGAAGAACUAUGAUAAUAUAUUGAAUGUGAGUGCAAUUGUGCUGGCCAACUUAUGUGUCUCAUACAUCAUGACAAGUCAAAAUGAGGAAGCUGAGGAGCUCAUGAGGAAGAUUGAAAAGGAAGAGGAACAUCUGGCAUAUGAAGACCCAGACAAGAAAAUUUAUCACCUAUGCAUAGUGAAUCUAGUUAUUGGGACCCUCUAUUGUGCCAAGGGGAACUAUGAGUUUGGCAUCUCAAGAGUAAUUAAGAGUCUAGAGCCAUACAACAAGAAGCUUGGAACUGAUACCUGGUAUUAUGCCAAGAGAUGCUUCCUUUCCCUUAUAGAAAAUUUAGCCAAGCAUAUGAUAACUGUGAAGGAUUCAGUAAUCCAAGAAUGCAUACAGUUUCUUGAGCACUGUGAAGUGUAUGGGAGGAGUGUGAAGGGCCUGAUUGAACAUCCCUUAGAGGAAAUGGCUAUCCAUCCAGGCAAGAACACAGUCACCUAUGAAGCUCGCUUACUGAAGGCUCUUCUGCUUCAGAUUCAACAAAUGUAGCCAGCAUCACUGAUUAAUGUAAGUGAUUGGUAUAUAAAAAUUUUCAUAGGUAAGAGCUCUCUUGCUUUGUACAAGAUGUGGAACAUAGAUUUCAUUCACAAAAUCACCAUCAGAAACAAACACAAUUAAGUUAACUAGGCAAUAUUUACAGAAUUGCAUUAUUCUCCAAAAUGAUAACUUGGGUUUAAUAAGGGUAAAGACUUGUGUACAUCAAAGGAGUUGAAACUUUUCAUUUCCUAGUGAAUGGCAUGUACCUGACAACGUAUUUACAGUGAGGCAGUUAGCACAAGUGGCUGAGUGGGACCAGAUUGUAAAGAUUGUAUACUUCCAGUCAACAUUCCUGACAUGUUCAGUGGUAUUAAGAAAAGAUUUAAUUAAUAUAUUCAACUUUAAUACCAAAAAAAUUAGUAUUUACGUAACAUUUUCAUUAAAUAAAAAUUUUACAAGAUUGAAUUUUUCUCCAAUUCAUCUAUAAAGUAUUUUAAUGCAUUCAGGUCUUUCAGUUAUAUUUGUCUUUACUAUACUUUUGAAUUAAAGACUUAUUUAUUAUUA